CGACGUUUCAGUAUCGAUUCGCACAUCACUCCCCUAAGGAAAACUAACUCUAACACAAGACCGGCUUUUUAAAACCUUACUUCAAAACCACAUAAGUUGAUGAGGAAAAUAGAAGAUGGACUACCUACCAGAUAACAACUCCAGGUACAAAGACGUUGUCUACUGGGAUGAAAGAUACAAGACAGAGCGAUGCUAUGACUGGCUGGGGAGCUUCUCCAAAUUCAAACACCUUCUGGAAAAAUAUGUCAAGAAAGACGACUCUAUUCUUAUACUGGGUUGUGGAAACAGCAGCAUGAGUGGUGACAUGUACAGUGCCGGCUACCGCGCCAUCACCAACAUAGAUUACUCCUCAGUGUGCAUCAGCGCAAUGAGUGCCAGGUACAGCGACUGUCCGGGUAUGACCUGGCACCAGAUGGACGUGCGCCAGCUCUCUUUCCCCGACGCGUCCUUCGAUGUCGUCCUAGAGAAGGCCACGCUGGAUGCCAUCAUGGUGGAGGAGAAGACCCCGUGGGAGGUGUCCCCUCAGACGGCCUGUUUCAUUCACCAAGCGCUCACAGAGAUUAGUCGCUGCUUAAAACCCGGAGGACGGUUUGUCUCCGUUACCUUUGCCCAGCCCUUCUUCAGGAAACGCCUCUACGCUCGAUCGGAGUACAGCUGGUCCAUCGAACACCUCAGCUAUGGAGAGGGAUUCGAGUAUUUUUUAUAUGCAAUGACCAAAGGAGAGGAGCUUAGCCCUGAAGAUGCAGCUCUGGAGAAGAAGCUACGAGAGGAAAGUGAGUCUCUGCCGACAGGAACCGCCACAACACAGAAUGAAGAUAAGGAAGACUUCUUGUCUACUAUUGACUUGUAGGAACAUAUCUUAGGAAUACGUUUUCCCUAAGGAUUUGUGAUAAUGACUCAGACAUCUUCACCCUGACAAACAAAAUCAACAACUUUAUACUUUUAGCCAAUGAUGGGUGUACAGCAGAUUUCCAAAUGAGGCUCAUAUUUAUACACAUGAACAAGUAUUUGAAGUUAUAUAGAGGAAGAAGGAGGAAAAGUAGGUGAGAACUUCCUGGUAUUCAAGGUGAGUGCUGUGGUCAGUGUUACUGAUGGUACCAUGAGACAAGGAGACUUUACAAGACCUGAACAGAGCAGAUAUCAUGGACUACAGUGACACUAAAGUGCUGAAAUAUAUAAUAUUUUCAACUUUUUUUAUUAAAUGUGACUGUGUUGUACUCAUA